GCAGAGGCACUGCGGGUCCCAGGGCGGCGGCGGCGGCGGAGCAGGAUGGAGAUCCCUGUGCCUGUGCAGCCGUCGUGGCUGCGCCGCGCCUCGGCCCCGCUGCCCGGGCGCAUCUUCGACCAGCGCUUCGGCGAGGGGCUGCUGGAGGCCGAGCUGGCUGCGCUCUGCCCUGCCGCGCUGGCCCCCUACUACCUGCGCGCCCCCAGCGUGGCGCUGCCGACCGCCCAGGUGUCGACCGACCCCGGGCAUUUCUCUGUGCUGCUGGACGUGAAGCACUUCUCACCAGAGGAAAUCUCCGUCAAGGUGGUUGGCGAACACGUGGAGGUGCAUGCGCGCCACGAGGAGCGCCCAGACGAGCACGGCUACAUCGCGCGCGAGUUCCACCGUCGCUACCGCUUGCCGCCUGGCGUGGAUCCUGCCGCCGUGACGUCCGCGUUGUCCCCUGAGGGUGUCCUGUCUAUCCAGGCUGCACCCGCGCCGGCCCAGGCCCCGCUCCCGUCGCCGCCGGCUGCUACCAAGUAGGGGUGUGGGCACACCUGAACCCCGGGAGCUGCCUCAGGCCCCCUUUUAAAGCCGACCUGACUCCGCCCAGCCAGAUGUCCUGAGCGCGCCAAGACCACUCGCCCACCCAAUCUGGGAUCCCACCCUGACCCUUCCAACCUAAACUUAGUCCUGAUAAGCUAGACCUUCCACUGACACUCCCGCACUCACAACCCCUCCAGCUUUCAAACCCCCAAAACCUCCCUAGCUUGCAGACCCUACAAGCACAACCCCUCAGCCUGCAGUCCCCCAUCCUCACUGAUCCUACUUUCUUGGCAUAUAACCCCACUCAAAACUCCCUCCUUGAUUUCCUUCUGAUUCCUCCAGGAAAACACCUCCACACCCCAUUUCAAUCCCCUCCCCUCUGUGACACCAGAUUACAGUGGACAGCCCUGCCCCACCGUAGGCCAGUCAAGCAUAACUGGCCCCCGCCCCCGCCCCAAUGUCCCAGACUCUGCACAGACCUUGGACCCCAGACCAUCCAAGCCUGGCCCCCAAGGCUCUGGAUCCUUCCCCUCAUUCCAACCAGACACUCCACUCUCCCGACCUGAGCCCUCCAACCCAUCUUCUGACUUGAAACCCCAGCCAGCCACCCCCAGACCCCUGAACUCCUUUUCUGACCUCCACUCUAGGACACCUAUUCUAGGCCAACGAGGACCCUCAAGCUCAACCUGUACAGAUAUCCUAGGCCCUCAUCCUCGCCUCUAACCAUAACCCCCUAGUCACUUUGUCUGGAUCCCCAAGUCUCCAACCACAUAUCCCACGCAAUCUACCUUCCACACCCCUCCCCUUAUUCUCCAAGACCCAACCAAGUAGCCCUUUGAUUCCCCACACUCUUUCUCCCUCCUUGAAUUCCCUGCUGCCCCAUCUCCUCACUCCUCUCUAAGCCCACUCCCCCAAUAAACGUGCUAGAGCUGUG